UUGCAACAUUCGUGGUGGAGUAAUCAGCACAAUGCGUAUUCUCGCUUUGAUAGCUCUUUGCUUUGUGGCCGUCGCAGCGGUCCCCUCCGACUCUCAGAGGAUUGUGGGUGGGUCGGUCGUCACCAUAGAUCGGUAUCCCACAGUUGCUGCAGUCUUAUUUACACCUGAUUGGGUAAAUUUCCUGCACAAUUGCGGCGGCACUAUUUUAAACAAUCGAUCCAUUCUCACUGCUGCUCAUUGUGUAGCAGGCCAAACAGCUAACAGAUUUAGAAUUCGCCUAGGCUCAUCGUUCCGUAGCAGUGGUGGUGCUCUUCACAAUGUAAACCAGAUCAUCAUCCACGGGUCAUACAACACCUGGACUUUCGACAGUGACAUCGCCAUCCUCCGUUCCGCCUCCACUUUCUUUUUCAACAAUAAUGUCCGCGCUGCUUCCAUUGCUGGUGCCAACUACUGGCCUAGUGACAAUCAAGCUGUCUGGGCUGCUGGAUGGGGCGACACUUUCUCCGGUUCUGGCGCCGGCUCUGAACAGCUUCGUCACGUCCAGUUAGUAGUUAUCAACCAGAACACUUGCAGAAACAACUACGCUGCUGUUGGCUUUAAUGUCAACGACAACAUGUUGUGCUCUGGUUGGCCCUCUGGUGGUCGCGCCCAGUGCCAGCGUGACUCUGGCGGUCCUCUCUACCACAAUGGUAUCGUUGUUGGUGUCUGCUCCUUCGGUUAUGGAUGUGGUCAAGCUAACUUCCCUGGUAUCAAUGUUCGUGUAUCCCGUUACACUUCCUGGAUUUCAUCAAACGCAUAAAUUAUUUUUUUUACUGAAUAUACCAUUGGCAUGGCGUG